AUGAUGAAAAUGAACAUGAGAUCGGUUUGUGCGCUCCUAGCGAUAUGCACAGCGACGGCUUUGAUCUUAGGCUGGAUUUUCCAAACGAGACGAGAGAAGCCCCCCGUUUGUGAGAGCCAGAACCAGGAUUUGUGUUUGAAGGACAGAGGCCAAGAUGGACAAAGCUUCGUCUUUGCUGAUCUAACUCCAGAAGAGAUGGUACAAGUGAAAAAAUACUUAUGGAAGAACCUUGGAGCGCCUUUAGUGGAACCCGCUCGAGCCAAGCCAUCAGACAACUGCAUUUAUUCCAUUGUUCUCCAUCUUCCCCCCAAAGCAGAGGUGCUGGAAUUCCUGGAUCGCUACGGGAGAAAACCUACACGAGAAGCUCUGGCUGUGGUCCACUUUGGAAACCAAGAGGACCCAAACAUCACUGAAUACAUAGUGGGUCCUCUUCCAAACCCAAGAUAUCACCAAGAUAUCACAAUACAGAAGUAUGGAGGGAAGCUGCCAUAUUAUCGAAGAUUUUUUAUGGGAAGUGAACAAAAAGAAAUUGAUACUCUCUUGAAGAAAGAAUUGUCUAAAGCUCCAAAAUUUAUGCUCAGGGUAUUUGAUUAUAAUGGAAGUAACCUUGAGGGCCUCCUUUCCGUGCCACCGGGGUUUAAAUCUGGAGACAGGGAAGUCUGGAUGGGUCAUUUCCAGAAUGUUCCUGGGGGUUAUUUGCAUCCAGUUGGAUUGGAGCUGCAAGUGGAUGUUAGAAGCUUGAAUGUUUCUGAGUGGAAAGUGCUGAAUGUGUUCUAUAAUGGACAGUACUUUAGGGACAUGGAAGACCUCGAAAGACAAUUCAACGAGGGGAAAGUUAAAGUGGCCAAAGUGAAGAAGGCUCCUCAAGAUGGGGGGUACGCAUCCUUGAAACCAAGGGUCCCACCCGAGCUUCCAGGCCCUCUGCAAUAUGAACCUCGUGGCCCACGCUACUGCAUCAGGAACAACCAAGUCACCUUCAUGUCUUGGAGCUUUGCCUUUGGAAUGGAAAUCAACAGAGGACCACGUAUCUUCGACAUUAGGUUUAGGGGCGAGAGGAUAGUCUAUGAAUUAAGUGUGCAAGAUGCAUCUGCCCUCUAUGGGUCCAAUAGUCCAGGGGAGAUGAUUACGAGGUUCAUGGACAUAGCCUACGCCCUUGGGAAAGGUGCUGUCAGCCUUACCCGGGGCGUUGAUUGUCCUUAUUUAGCGACCUUUUUGGAUGUGCACUAUUUCCUUGAUUCCUCGCAACCUAUCACCCGCAAAAACUCUAUCUGCAUCUUCGAAAAAAACGCCGAGGUUCCAAUACGACGCCAUCAUGAGCACUUACUCUCCUCAUUUUAUGGAGCGUUAGCAGAUUCUGCUCUCGUCUUCCGGUCCAUCUCUGUAAUGAAUAAUUAUGACUACAUCUGGGAUUUCGUGUUUCAUCAAAACGGAGCUGUUGGCGUCCUGGUGCAUGCCAGCGGGUAUAUUCUGACUUCUCUCUUCUUUGAUGACGCUGCAGACUUUGGGAACCGGGUUCAGGAGCUGACGCUGGGAACGAUGCACGCUCACAAUAUUAAUUACAAAGUGGACUUGGACGUUGGUGGUAAGUGUGGCUUUGUGAUUUUGAGGAAAUGCAGCAAUGCCUGCUUGCUAAAUAUUUAA